UGCGGGCUCUUUGCGUCUGCGUAGUGCGUUUUCCUCCCUUUCUGCCUCCGCUGCCGCCAUGGCGCCCGUGAAAAAGCUUGUGGCGAAGGGGGGCAAAAAAAAGAAGCAGGUUCUGAAGUUCACUCUUGAUUGCACCCACCCUGUAGAAGAUGGAAUCAUGGAUGCAGCCAAUUUUGAGCAGUUUUUGCAAGAGAGGAUCAAAGUGAACGGAAAAGCUGGGAAUCUCGGUGGAGGAGUUGUGACUAUUGAAAGGAGCAAGAGCAAGAUCACUGUGACUUCCGAGGUGCCUUUUUCCAAAAGGUAUUUGAAAUAUCUCACCAAAAAAUAUUUGAAGAAGAAUAAUCUACGUGAUUGGUUGCGCGUAGUUGCUAACAGCAAAGAGAGUUACGAGUUACGUUACUUCCAAAUUAACCAGGAUGAAGAAGAGGAGGAAGAUGAGGAUUAAAAUUCAUUUAUCUUCAAUAUUUUGUAUGAGUUCUUGAAUAAAACUUGGGAACCAAAAUGGUGGUUUAUCCUUGUAUCUCUGCAGUGUGGAUUGCACAGCGAAUUGGAAGUCAUGGUAAAGGGCCUCGCUUGGGCUGCUGCUCAGUAUUGUAACUAGACUUUUUUUCCUGAUUGAAAAUGUCUGUCCUCGUGGUAGUAAUACCAAAAUAGGAGGAGAAGUUGGUCUUAUGGGAAGAACAACCGUGGUGCACUUAGAUGGGGUUAAGGUAUGGAGGUGUGAGCUUCAGUUAGUCACUGUUUUAUUUUAAAAAGCGUGGCUGUCAAUUGUACCUCGUGCUUUUCUCAGAGAAUGAUUCAGGAAUGCAGUGGGCUCAUUCAUUAAAAGAAAAGGGUGAUUUCUUUCUAACGUUCUCUGUGGGAAAAUGGUAGUGUCAAUAAAAUGCAGGUUUCUGGGCCAUUCGUCUUAUUUUCAUUUUUUGGUAAUAAAUUACGCUUGCCGCACACAAUGAUGUAUGCUAAUGCUUUUCUCCCUGUAGAAAUAACAUGUGCUCCUUCUGCAUUGCUGCCUAGUGGACCACCUCCAUGAGGGGCUGACUGUAGAAGUCCCAGACUCUAAAUGUACAAAAAUGAAUUUGUAAAUAAUCAUUGUUACUUCAUCUUUGCAACAGACUGUCGCUUUGGUCUCCAGCAGGGGGAGCUGGAGGAGCAGAGCUUCCAGAUGUGCCUCCUGUGUGGGGCGCCCAGUGAAGGGGGGAAGGAGAAGGGACGAGGAAACCGCUUGUGGGGGGGGCGGUGCCCACUUAGGCCAUGACUGGGUGUAAUGUCAGAGUCUUCUACAAAGUGCCAUGGCCCGGUCGGCGCAGAGGCCGGGAAGACAGUUGCAGCCCGGAGUGACUGUAAAAGAGACCCUGAUGCCUGGUGGUUGCCCUUUUGAAAUCCCAACA